AUGCUGGCGUCUCUCUCUCGCGGUCUCGGUUUGGUGCGCUCUCUUGCGAGGCCAGAAUGCCGUUUUCUUAGCACCUCACACACACGGCUGGCCACUAAAAUGACUGUUCGUGAUGCCCUGAACUCCGCCAUGCGAGAAGAAAUGGAACGUGACAAAGAUGUCAUCAUACUUGGAGAAGAAGUUGCUCAGUAUGACGGUGCAUAUAAAGUAACGAAGGGCCUCUGGAAGCUGUUCGGGGAUGACCGUGUGAUUGACACGCCAAUUACUGAAAUGGGUUUUGCAGGCACCGCGGUUGGUGCCGCAAUGGCCGGAUUAAAGCCCAUUUGCGAAUUCAUGACUUUCAACUUUGCGAUGCAGGCAAUUGAUCAGAUAAUAAAUUCCGCUGCUAAAACUUACUACAUGUCUGCAGGUUUGGUGUCCGUUCCCAUAGUGUUCCGUGGCCCUAAUGGCUCAGCCGCCGGUGUUGCUGCUCAGCAUAGCCAAGAUUUUUCCCCAUGGUACGCAAGUGUCCCGGGUUUAAAAGUACUCGCGCCAUACAGUGCAGAAGAUGCUAGGGGACUCUUGAAAGCGGCAGUGCGUGAUCCAGAUCCGGUCGUACACUUGGAACAAGAAGUACUCUACGGUCAAUCUUUUGAUGUCUCUGACGAGGCGAUGUCUCCGGACUUCGUUUUACCUAUCGGGAAGGCGAAGAUCGAGCGUGAAGGUACCGACGUCACUUUAGUGGCUUACUCAAUGGCUGUGGGCACAGCCUUGUCCGCUGCGGACGAAAUGUCCAAAAUGGGCAUCAGUGCCGAGGUGAUCAACUUGCGAAGUCUUCGUCCUUUGGAUGAGCAGGCGAUUUUCAACUCCGUGAAGAAAACGCACCACCUAAUUACAGUUGAAGGAGCCUGGCCGUCAUGUGGACUCGGUGCUGAGAUAUGCGCUCGCAUAAUGGAGAGCGACACUUUCCAUUACUUAGAUGCUCCAGCCUUCCGAGUAACUGGUGCUGAUGUACCGAUGCCCUACGCCAGAAAGUUGGAACAGGCCUGCAUACCAGAACCACAUAAUGUUAUCAAAACGGUCAAGCUGAUGCUCAACGUUAAAUAAUAUGUAACCAUCACUGCUUCGAUAUCGUCUGUUUCAGGCUGUUUCUGUACAAUCCACACAGAUAAUCACAAAUCAGCUGCAGGGUUCCGUGAAGUAGAUCAGGACUCGUGGUCCUGUGUAGGCACCUCUACUUAUGUCUGGUUCGUUUUUGCAUUCCUUUCUCUUGCUUCUGUAGAAUAUGGACAUACUCACAGGUUUAUCCACAAUGUAUUCCCCGUAUCAUUAUCAUUGCAACAACAAUAUGAAAUGCGAAAUAAGUAUCAUUUUCUGAUGCAAAAUAGGGCUGGAAUAGGAUGGGUUAGUGAAUGGGUCGAAAAUAACGGAUUAUGAGGGCAAAAUGUUGUCACACUGUGUGACAUCCGGUCGACGCAAUUCAG